AUGGCUGACCAGUUCCUCGGCUUCGAUCUGAGCACCCAGCAGCUCAAGGGAAUCAUUGUCGGCUCGGACCUCAAGCUCCUCCACGAAGCAAAGGUCGACUUCGACGCGGACUUUGGCGCAAAGUAUGGCAUCGAGAAGGGCGUGCUGACCAACCCCGCCGAGGGCGAGGUGUUCGCGCCCGUCGCGCUGUUCCUCGAAGCCAUUGACCUCGUGCUGCAGCGGCUGCGAGAGCAGGGCGCCGAGUUUGCAAAGGUGCAAGGUGUCAGCGGCGCGGGCAUGCAGCACGGCACUGUGUUCUGGAGCCAGGACGCCGAGGACUUGCUGCGGAGUCUCAGCCCGGAGAAGACGCUGCUCGAGCAGCUCGAGGGCGGCGCCAAGGGCGAGAGGAAGGGCGCGUUCAGUCACCCGUUCAGUCCCAAUUGGCAGGAUGCGAGUACGCAGAAGCAGGUCGAGGCGUUUGACGCUGCGUUGGGCAGUCCGGACGAGCUCGCUGAGGCGACUGGGAGCAAGGCACACCACCGCUUCUCCGGCCCCCAGAUCCUCCGCUUCCACACAAAGUACCCGGACGCCUACAAAGCCACUGCGCGCAUAACCCUCGUGUCGUCGUUCCUCGCUUCCAUAUUCCUCGGCCGCAUCGCGCCAAUGGACAUCUCCGACGUGACCGGCGCAAACCUCUGGGACAUCAAGAACGGGCAGUGGCACGAAGCGCUCCUCGCGCUCGCCGGCGGCUCCCCCGACACCACCGCCCUGCGCGCGAAGCUGGGCGCCGUGCCCGAAGACGGCGGCGCAACACUGGGCCCCAUUGCCCCGUACUUCGCAGCCAAGUACGGCUUCCCCCGCACCGCGCGCAUCCUCGCCUUCACGGGUGACAACCCAAGCACCAUCCUCGCCCUCCCGCUCCGCAGCAGCGACGCCAUCGUCAGCCUCGGCACAAGCACCACUUUCCUCAUGAGCACCGCCGCGUACAAGCCCGACCCGGCGUACCACAUGAUGAACCACCCGACCACGCCGGGCCAGUACAUGUUCAUGCUAUGCUACAAGAACGGCGGGCUAGCGCGCGAGCAUAUCCGCGACGCCAUCAACGCCGGCGCCGGCGCCGGCGGUCAGGGGCCCGGGGGAUGGGACGCAUUCAACGCCGCGGCGCUAUCGACGCCCGUCCUGGGUCAGCACCACCCCGACUCGGAUCCCGCGCGUCUGGGCCUUUUCUUCCCGCGCCCAGAAAUCGUGCCCGCUGUUCGCGCGGGCGUGUGGCGCUACACCGCCUCCAACGACGACUCGCGCCUCGCAAAUGCAGAAAACACACCCGCCUGGCCCGUCCCAACAGCCGACGCCCGCGCAAUCCUCGAAUCCCAACUCCUCUCCCUCCGCCUCCGCAGCCAACCACUACUCACCCCGCAAGGCAGCCUCCCCGCACAACCACGGCGUGUCUACCUCGUCGGCGGCGGUGCGGCGAACCCGGCCAUAGCCACGCUCGCGGGCCAGGUCCUGGGGGGCAGCGAGGGCGUGUAUAAACUCGAGAUUGGAGCGAAUGCGUGUGCCCUUGGUUCCGCGUAUAAAGCUGCGUGGGGCGUUGGGAGGAAAGCAGGGGAGGCGUUUGAGGAUUUCCUUGAGGGGCGGUGGGAUGAGGAGAGUUUUGUAAGGAGGGUUGCGGAGGGGUAUGCGGAGGGUGUGUUUGAGCGGUAUGGCGGGGUGCUUGGGGCUUUUGCGGAGCUGGAGGCUGUGGCUGUUCGGGAGAAGGGGGAGGGGAGGGCGGACUUGGUCAAGGAGAGGGGUGUGGAUGGGGGGGUUGUAAGGGGGAAUUAG